AGCCGCUUCAGGAUAUUGUGCAUCUACAGCCACUGGUUAUGUUCAAGUAGACUUGCGAAUAUGAAUUUAGGAUUGGUUUAUCUCCACUCGCUCCCAAAUCUUUACUAGAAACGACACCAGAAAUGUAAAGGAGACUUCUGCCGUGGUUGCAUGUUUAGCUCUUGGCUACAGCUUGUUGGAACAGGCUCAAACAAAGCUAGUUAGCAGGUUCCUGUCGGACAACAACAUCCACGUUUCCUGGUGUUUUCAUCUCAGCACUCAAGACAACGAGAACAGACCGUGUUAAAGACAGGGACUAAACACCAAAAACGUGAGAAAGGGGUCAGCAUGCAGGAGAUGAAUGAGAUUGUGAUCGUGACCAUACCAGAAUCGGUGGGAGAGGAGCAGCAGUCUGUGGUGGAGGAGGAUAAAACUGUGCUCGUGACGACAGAGAUCAACCCCCAGCCAGAGGAGGAUGUUCUCACAGAGGUGCCAGAGGAAGCUGAAGCUGAAGCUGAGGCCGGAGGAGCAGACUCGAAGGAAGAGACAGUUAUAGUGAAGUUAACGGAGGAGGUGGACGUGGAAGCUGAUGUCUUCUACCCAAUCACCUGUGGAGACGCUAAAGCCACGCUGGUCUGGAAGAAGUUCGUCUGCCCUGGGAUCAACGUUAAAUGUGUCCAGUUCAACGAGCAGCUCAUCAGCCCCAAGGAGUUUGUGUGUUUAGCGGGGAAGUCCACGCUGAAGGACUGGAAGAGAGCCAUCCGCCUCAACGGCACCAUGCUCAGGAAGAUCAUGGACUCGGGUGAACUGGACUUCUACCAGCACACGAAGGUCUGCUCCAACACCUGCCGCAGCACGAAGAUAGACCUGGUGGGAGCCAAAGUCUCCAUCGUCGGCGAUCAGUCCACCAGCCUUGUUCCCGCAACCCCCCCACUAACCGACCUGAAUGGAGCAGCAGGUUUGUUUCCAGAGGUGAUGGAGGAAACUUCCGAGUGGGUCACGGCAAUCGGAGAGGAUUCGGUGACGUUCUGGCGCACGGUGAAGGAGGCGGGGCUUCUGGAGGAGGUGCUGGAAGACUUCCAGAAGGAGAUGCAGGAUGUUCUGAAGGGGCUGCAGGAAAGAGUGUGUGAACCACCUCUGAAGGUCAAUGAUGCUGUUUUACUCAACAACAUAGUGCAGAACUUUGGGAUGUUGGACCAGGUGAAGAAGGUUCUGGCCAGUCAUAAGAGCCAGAUGGACCGUUACAGAGAGCAGUACACUCGCAGUCUUGCUGCUCUGGAGCAGCAGUGCGACGAGCACAGGAAACGAGCCAAGGAGCUGAAGAGCAAAUCCCAGCACCUCAACAGCGUCCUCAUGACCCUCGCCCCCGUCCCCUCGCCCCCGGCGCCCAAGCGCCCCCGUCUGACCCGAGCCAUCUCCACCCCGGCCACGGUCAACGCCGCCCCCACUCAGAUCACCCUCUCUCCCAGCCAGCUGACCAGCCUCCCCCUGGGUAAGGUGCUGACCGUGGCGGGGGCCCAGUCCGGCACCACCCUGGGCGGGUACACCCUCCUGACCUCCCAGCUCUCCGGCUCGGAGGUGGUGACCGACGCGUCCAACCUGGCGAUGCUGUCCACCGCGGCGGGUCAGGAGGGCGCGGCCUCCACGGCCUUCGUCAAGGUGGUGGGCCCUCAGUUCCAGCUGGUGACGCUUCCGGCCUCGCUCCAGAACCUGACCCCCGCGCAGAGCGCCGCCAUCCAGCAGCAGAUUGGCAGCAUCAGCGUCGUGGACGGCAUAGCGACCGCCGUCGACGACUCGCAGGGGGAGGGCCAGGCCGACGGCGACGACGAGAGUCAGUCGGAGCAGGUUACGGAGGCGGAGAAGGACGGGCAGGCUGAGCAGCUGUGAGACGGACGAAAAGCUUUCUGUCAUUUUAGAACGGACUGAAUGUGACGGCUGCACAAUUCAAACAUUGGUUUCAUUUGUCAUUUAACACACGCAAGCCUUUUCAUAUAGAUGUUGUCAACACAUUCGAAAUGUCUUAAUUUGAGUUUUAUCAGGUAUCAUGAGUGAUUAUACUGUAAAUAUAAGUUUGUAGCUAAUAUAUUUCACACAGCAGUCGAUCCGCGGAUUUAUUGCAAGGAAGUAUUGUUUAGUUAAAGCAAGAUGUGCAUUUUUUUUUUUUUUUUUAACAAACUGUAAAUAUUAACGUCAUUUUUGUGUGUGUGUGUGUGUGUUGGACUGAAAGAUAUAAACUGCAACUUGGGUUUUUAAAGCUCUAUUUGUUUCUUAACUCAGGGUGGAUAUACAGCUCACUGUAUCCAUGGAAGUGUGCCAACAUGUCGUGUGUGAUAGCUGAAUCUGAGAUGGACUGUUAGGUAAGAAUAUGCAAACGGUGGCACAGAUACUAAAUAAAAAGACACCGAUCAGGCAUAACAUUAUGACCACCUUCCUUCCGGGUGUGACUCAUCGGAGAAUGGACACGGACCUUCUGAGGGCGUCCUGUGUGAGUGUUCUUAGUGGGUUGUGGAGAGGGGGACUCUUCAUUAAGUAACAUCCACAUGAAUGAAAAGUGGUUUAAAUGUUAUUUACUUCUCCUGUCAGUGGUCAUAAUGUUGUGGCUGGUCGGUGCAUGAAGGUAGACGAUGCACAGGAUCAAAAAAUAAAAAGUCAAAACAAAUGAAAAGAACUGACUUUACUUGCCAUUACUUUACUUGCCCACUAGGUGGCACAAGGAUAUCGCUCCGUAGGCGUCACGUUCCUCUCGCAGAUUCAGAUACGUCUCUUUUUCUUUUCUUAAAAACGUUCCUUCUAGAUUCCCUCAACAAUCCUGUCUUUAUAGUUUUUAAUAGAACCGCGCUGUAACGUUUUACAUACAACUUCAUAUCAGACACGUGUAUGUGAACGUUAUAAAUUAAAAACCGUGUAUUUCAUUUUUAA